AUGGCAAUAGAACAUGACAUUAUACAAUUGAAAGGUUUAGAGAGAUCUCCAAGUUUGAACAACUUAGAGAAUCUUGAUUUGAGUUAUAAUCUCUUCAACAAUGACAUCUGGUCAUUUCUGCAAAGACUUCCAUCACUCAAGACACUGUAUAUGAUAAACUUGAAUGUAACCGUUCAAAGUAGAGACUUGCACAACCUCACGAAUGUGGAAAACUUGUUCUUGGAUUAUGCUACUCUUAGCAAUGACUUCCUUCCAAGCAUUCAAGUGAUGACUUCUCUUAAAGUCCUGUCACUACAACGUUGUGGAUUGACCGGCACCUUACCUUCUACAGAGUUUGAUCAGACCUUGGUUGGUGGUCCAAGUUUUCAACUAAUUGGCAUCCAUUUAUCUGAUCGUGAAUUUGGCAAUGUCGACAAGACUAGUAGUACUGGAGCCUUUCCUAACUUCCUGUACUACCAAAAGGACCUCCAAAAAGUAGAGCUCUCUCGAGUGAACUUUAAGGGGACGUUUCCAAAUUGGUUGUUGGAUAACAACACAAGAUUGGUGACACUUCUGCUACCAAAUAAUUCUUUCACCGGACCAUUUCAGUUGCCACUCCUUCCCAAGACAGGGCUUCUAGCAUUGGACAUAUCCAAAAAUCACUUCUAUGGCAACAUUCCAGAAAACAUUGCUAUGGCUUUUCCGGGUUUAGAAUUCUUGAACAUGUCUCUAAAUGACUUUGGAGGUACCAUUGCCUCCUCAUUAGGUGAUAUGUCCUCUCUGCGUGUUCUGGUCUUAUCAAAUAAUCAACUCUCGGUGAAAUACCGGACCACUUGGCAAUGGGUUGCUUCUUCUUGA